CCUCAUGUUGCAGUUGUUUUUUUCCGGUUCUGGUUGGAUGGUGUUUUUAAACUUACAUACAACUCUGUUGGUGAUGGUCUUCGCCAAACUCCAGUGCUUUGAGUGUGUUGCAGGGAUAUUUUGCGCACAAAAGUGUGGUCGUUGCUGUAUAUGCAGCACCAAGUUUUCGAGCAUCCAAGGCUAACUGAACCAGAUCAGACAAAAGUAGAUGUGUGGUUAAUAUAUAAGUGUGAUGGAUAUAAACUUGAACCGGAUUGACUACACCCAGAUUGCAACUACUCUGCCGAGGACAACUAAACUUCUGCCACCAACCCAGGGUAACAAGCUUCAAAAAGUAGCUGUUGGAGACAAGGAUGGAGUUGUACAGCUGUUUUCUUUCAAGAAAAAUGACCUACAGGUGAUUUUCAAGACACUGCCUGGCAAACCUAUUACAAAUGUGCAGUUGGGAGGAGCUUUAGGCACAGUCAAGGACAAGAUUUUUGUCUCUGCUGGCAAUGCUGUCAUGGGUUACACAAGAAAGGGAAAGCAGUUCCUUGGAUUGGAAACAAACCUUACUGAUGACAUCCAUUCCAUCCAUAUCAGUGGCAGCAACUUGCUGGUGUGUAGCAGCUUCAUUUACAACCACUUCUACGACUGUGAAGACACGAACUACUACCUGAGUGGGGAAGAGAUCACGGAUGUCAUCUCACUGCCUGCAGAGAGGAUCAACUCGUUCGUGCCGGUGCUGGCGUGCCGGGACCGCACGCUGCGCGUGAUGAAGGGCAGCGGCGUGCGCUACCCGGUGGAGGUGGCCGGCCCGCCCUCCACGCUGCACCUCUUCUACGGCGACGGCGGCUCCACCUCGGAGUACCUGCUGUACGGCACCACCGACGCCGCCAUCGGCUGCGUCUGCAUCGGCAGGAACGAGCCGACGAACAAGUGGUGUCUGGAGCCGGUGCGCGAGGCCAGCCGCGCCGGCGUCGUCUGCAUGGACCACUUCGACAUGACCGGCGACGGCGUGCGCGACCUGAUCGUGGGCAGGGACGACGGCUCCGUCCAGAUCUACAGCUACGACGACGGAGAGGAGGCGGCUCCCACGCUCCGAUACACAUACGCGGGCACAGAGAGUGUCACCUCCGUGCAGGGAGGCCACGUCAGCAACGCCGACUACGAGGAGGUGCUGGUCACGUCGUACUCAGGCUGGCUCUUUGGCCUCUCCUCGGAGAAGCGCGACCGGCACGCAUACGAGGUGGAGCCGGGCGUCAUCUCGCUGUCAGCCGAGGCCAAACAGCGCAUCUACAACCUCAGGGCUGACGUGGAGAGCCUGCAGGAGCGCGUGAACAAGGAGCGCGAGCGCUACCACCAGACCACGCAGAGCAGCCUGGGCGGCAUCUCGGCCGUGCCGUUCGUCUCCGUCAAUGACCGCAUGACGCUGAGCAAGGAGGAUGCCUCGUACCUGCUGAUGGUCGAGGUGCAGACGCCAAUCGACAACGUGAUGCUGCAGAGCGACGUGCCGGUCGACCUGCUGGACGUCGAGAAGAACUCGGCCGUCGUCAGCUACAGCACCUGCGACCAGUCGACGGGCAACUUCUUGCUGGCGACUUACCGAUGCCAGGCGAACACCACGCGUCUGGAGGUGAAGAUCCGCACCAUCGAGGGCCAGUACGGCACGCUGCAGGCCUACGUCACGCCGCGCCUGCAGCCCAAGUGCUGCCAGGUGCGCCAGUAUGAGGUCAAGCCCCUCAGCCUGCACAUGCGCGCCCACCGCUUCGACCCCAACAGGCCGUACAACCGGCUGACGCUGACGGGCAAGUUCAGCUACGCCGAGGUGCACGGCUGGCUGGCGUUCUGCCUGCCCGAGGUGCCCGACCGGCCGCCCUCCGAGGAGACGGCCACGCUCUGCUUCGUCUCUACCUUCCUGGACACCAUGCUGCACGUCUCGUACACACAAGGUGAGGUGGAGUUCAAAUCUGACAACAUAUCCACGAUCUCCAUCAUCAAAGACGUGCUGACGAAGGAGGCCACCAAAAAGAAGAUUCACCUCAGCAUUAACUGCGACGUGAACGAAGGCAGCGUGGUGCACACGCUGCAGCUGCUUCACCCGAAGCUGGAGGCCCAGCUGCUGCUGGCCAAGAAGGUGGCGCUGAUCGGGCCGCUGUCGGAGCUGGUGGCGCACGAGCACGACGCCGGCGCCAGCUUCCUGACGCCCGAGUACCGCUCCAUCCUGGAGAACGCCGCCCAGCUGCAGGAGGAGAGCAGCCGCCAGCCGGCGCACCUGGAGCGGCUGUACGGAAUGAUCACGGAUCUUUACAUCGACAAACACAAGUUCCAGGGCGUGAACGUCAAGUCGAAGGUGCCGCAGCUGCUAGACAUCCUCUACAGCUACGACCUGAACAAGCUGCUGGCGUUCUUCACCCAGGGCUCGAGGAGGGGCCAGACGCCCACCUCUCCCAGUGGCGCCACCGGAUAAAUUGGCGCGCGGCCCUCUCGAGACCUGUUGAUCCCUCCUUUCGUCAGGGAGGCCGACUUUGGUUGUCAGAUCCUUUCACCCUGUUCGUAGUAGUCGGGUCACUAGUGUUCUCGUUCCGUUAGUGAUCAUCAUCUAGUUGUAGCGCCGUGCUAGUCAUUCCCACAGAUAUCGCAGUUUUUGGUUUGUGGUAGGUCGUGUUCGUUUCAGUUUGAACGAUGUUUCCACGUCAACAUGUAAUUGCGUGAUCGCUGUUGGCAGCACAUGAUUCAGUUUCUCUGCAGAUCUAGGACAGCGAGGAAGAACUCUAGUGUGGUGCGCGGAAAGGGAAGAUCCCAGUUCGACGAAGCGCGCGCUAGAAUUUUCUGCGACUUUUUCACCACUCCGUCCAAUUCCGUCCGAGUUUCCGUCCAUUGCUUACGGCGUGAUGCUGUGUAUAUUAUUCAAUGUGUAUUGGAUAUCGGGCGUGAAUAGCGCGAUGUGUAUUGUUGCAUUACACUCGAAGCCUUUGAUAAACGUGUCGUGAUCCCGCCCUCGCAUCCUGAGAAUGGGCGCCACCCUGCUACUAGCCGCGCACCAGCUGCGUGCCUCCACCUGGAGCAAGCGUGCUGCUGUCUGACAGACUCACCCGGGCGUCGUGCUGCACCUAGUCAGAAAAUAUAUUGAUCGACGCGUGAA